AGAAAAUAAAACAAGCUAAUGAGACAAUUGAGUGACUGGUUGGGAUGAUGGAGAGGCCUCACUAAGGAGAAGAUAUUUGAGUUGUGGCCUAAAAGAUGCAAAAACCUGGCAGAUGAAGCAGCAAGUGCAAAGAUCUGCAGGUGGAAGUAUUACUCUCUCGAGAAGACAUAACCACAGUUAGUACUUUCUUCAGAUGCUGACACUCGGUGAACAGCUGCUCUUGAUCACAAGAUUUAGAAGACAGUCUUCAUCCUCCCAGAUUGGAUCUCUUUUCAUAUGGAUCUUCUAUUUCUAUGUCUUUUUAAAAAAUAACUUCUUGGGAAACAUUUUGGAUUACAACUUUUCAUCCUCAUCUAUGCAAAGAAAGGAAAGCUGUUCUGGGAUUUUGAGGAGUUUUUCCUAAAAGGAUUCCUGUACAUGUUAGAAGUGCUUGAGGAAGAGUGAUAAAGCUCUGAAUCGUGUCCUGCAACAGAUCCGAGUGCCACCCAAGAUGAAGAGAGGGACGAGCUUGCAUAGUAGGCGGGGCAAGCCAGAGGCCCCAAAGGGAAGUCCCCAAAUCAACAGGAAAUCUGGCCAGGAGACGGCACCUGUUAUGCAAUCUGGCCGACCCAGGUCUUCAUCUACUACUGAUGCUCCCACCAGCUCUGCUAUGAUGGAAAUAGCUUGUGCUGCUGCUGCUGCUGCAUGUCUACCAGGGGAUGAGGCAACUCUAGAGCGGAUCGAGCGGUUGGAAGUAAGCAGCCUUGCCCAGACUUCCAGUGCAGUGGCCUCCAGCACCGAUGGCAGUAUCCACACAGACUCUGUGGAUGGAACACCAGACCCUCAGCGUACAAAGGCUGCUAUCGCUCACCUGCAGCAGAAGAUUCUAAAGCUCACAGAACAGAUUAAGAUUGCACAAACAGCCCGGGAUGACAACGUUGCUGAGUACUUGAAGCUUGCCAACAGCGCAGAUAAGCAGCAGGCCGCCCGCAUCAAGCAGGUGUUUGAGAAGAAGAACCAGAAAUCUGCCCAAACCAUCCUCCAGUUACAAAAGAAGCUUGAGCACUACCACAGGAAGCUCCGAGAGGUGGAGCAGAAUGGGAUUCCCCGGCAGCCAAAGGAUGUCUUCAGGGACAUGCACCAGGGUUUGAAGGAUGUGGGAGCAAAGGUGACUGGCUUCAGUGAAGGCGUGGUAGACAGUGUCAAAGGUGGACUUUCCAGCUUCUCCCAGGCAACUCAUUCAGCAGCAGGGGCUGUAGUCUCAAAGCCCAGAGAGAUUGCCUCACUAAUUCGGAAUAAAUUUGGCAGUGCAGACAACAUCCCUAACCUGAAGGACUCUUUAGAAGAAGGGCAAGUGGAUGAUGGGGGGAAGGCUUUGGGAGUAAUUUCAAACUUUCAGUCAAGCCCAAAAUAUGGUAGUGAGGAAGAUUGUUCUAGUGCUACUUCAGGCUCAGUGGGAGCCAACAGCACCACUGGAGGCAUCGCUGUAGGAGCAUCUAGCUCCAAAACAAAUACCCUAGACAUGCAGAGCUCAGGAUUUGAUGCACUACUACAUGAGAUCCAGGAGAUCCGGGAAACCCAGGCCAGACUAGAAGAAUCUUUUGAAACCCUCAAGGAACAUUAUCAGAGGGACUAUUCAUUAAUAAUGCAGGCCUUACAGGAAGAGCGAUAUAGAUGUGAACGAUUAGAAGAACAACUAAAUGACCUAACAGAGCUCCACCAGAAUGAAAUCUUGAACCUGAAGCAGGAAUUAGCCAGCAUGGAAGAGAAAAUUGCCUAUCAGUCCUAUGAACGGGCCCGCGACAUCCAGGAGGCCCUGGAGGCGUGCCAGACCCGCAUCUCCAAGAUGGAGCUGCAGCAGCAGCAGCAGCAGGUGGUACAGCUGGAAGGGCUGGAGAAUGCCACAGCCCGGAACCUGCUGGGCAAACUCAUCAACAUUCUUCUGGCUGUCAUGGCAGUUCUUUUGGUCUUUGUCUCCACAGUAGCCAACUGUGUGGUUCCUCUAAUGAAGACUCGCAACAGGACGUUCAGCACUUUAUUCCUUGUGGUUUUCAUUGCCUUUCUCUGGAAGCACUGGGAUGCCCUCUUCAGCUAUGUGGAACGGUUCUUUUCAUCCCCCAGAUGAUGUUGGCAAAAGAAGGCAGUGCUCCCCUACCCUCUGGCGAGUGCAUGCAGCAAAGAAUUAGACAGCAAAGUACCUACUCUGAAGUUUUCUACAACAACAAAAGAGUUGAGUGAAUCUGUUUACAUUUAGAAUAAUGUUUUUUUUCUUCAAGAGACGCAAUUGCAAUAGUAUUUUUUAGAUUUUAUCCAAGAAGUUUUUUGGGCAAAAAUCUUGGAUCAUUUUUAUGUAGCAUGAUUUUCCUUGGGAUGCAAAUCUUAAACAGUCCUUUAACAUGAACCAACAUCUGGAGCACACUGAAGGGCAUCUAAAUUGUGGCUUGAAGGACUGCACUAAAACCCACUAAAAAGAUGUGAAAACCUGAUUAGGGAAACUCGUUAAACCUAACACCCUGCCUUGUCUGGGCUCACCACCUCUUUUCCUCCCAGACUAACUUUACUGUGAAAUCCUACCACAUUCCAUGUCUGAAUUUUUGGAUUCAGUGUGGAUUUUCCUUGUCCGUGGAAGAACACAUGGAUCUCCCUGGCUUUUUCACCCAAGUUUCACUCACAUUAACGCUGGAAGUAUGGUCGCUUUUGAACCUAGUCCCUUAACCUUUGCUAGGAUACAAAAGUGAGAACAUCAUGCCCCACAGGAUCACUGCACAGUCCUACUACGGUAUUUUGAAGUAGCCCUCCAAAUACUUAAUUUUAAGCAAAAUCUCAUGGCCGCACUUUUAAGUUUUGUUGUUUUUUUUUUAAAUAUGUGUAUAGUCACCAAUCUAAAAAAACAAAAAACCCGAACAGCAUACUUGAAGAAUGUACUACUCAAACUCUCAGUGCUUCCUUAUGGUUUCUAAUAGGAUUUUUUAUUAUUGUUAUUAUUAUUAUUGGGUUUUUUUGGAAAGGGUUGGGGGAGGGUCUUUUAUUUUUCCUUUGAAAUAAAGAAGUGAUGUUUUUAAAUGAAGAAAUGUGUGGAUAUUUAAGUGUGCUGCUCCCUCCUGUCUUGAAACAGUUUGAGUAAAGGAAGACUUGCUAUAAAUGCUGCCCUCUGAUGCCCUUGUUUUGUGAUGCAGCUUAAACUCCCUCUUCUGGCUGCUGCUGCUGCUUUUUGGUGUUUGCUGCCCCCACCCCACCACUUCAUGGGCUUGGCUUGGUUGGAGAGGAAAGGGGUGUGCAGGGAGAAGCUGUUUCCACAAACCAGCAUGACAGGUAGAAAUUUUUUGCCCCAAGUAAAUGAUCACUCUGAUUUUGGGCUGGGGUUUUCUUUAGGAAAAAUUGAGACUAUUGAAGAGAGUCAUAAAAAUUCCUUGUGUUUCCUUAAUUUAUUUUUUAACACUCUAAUUACUGAAACCAAAGUGAUUUUGAAUCUUCUAUCUAUGUUUUGGCCUCUGCAUCCUUAAUUUCAAAGCUUUAUUUUGUCUGCCUGAGAGAAUCAAUUAAAGGUGAUUCUCCCUAAAGAGCAGAGGAGAUAUCAGGUUAGAAGGAACCAAGUUUGGGGUGUAAAUGUUGUCAGCUUCCUAUUUAUAUAGACUGACUUAUUAACGUAACUAUGCUCAGUGGACUUUUGUAAACAGUUCUAAAAAAUAGACUGUGACUUCUUCCCCAUCCUAUAACCAGUUCCACCGUCCUGGUAGAACUUGGGCUUUCAGAGCUUAUCUAGAAAGUUUGGCUAAUCUUUUCAUAUCUGUCAUAUUGAAUCACAAAAUGUUGUUCCCUCUUGGCCUCAGCUCUGUGCAACCAAGUGAUGAGCAAGGGGCACAAGAUGUGCCCCCAAAAUAGUAACAGAGUAUGCUUUGCCUAUUUCCCCCAUCCUGGGAAAUUCCAUGGAAACCAGAUUAGCAUUGCCUUGUCUGUCUGAAAGCAUGGUUUACAUGACAGCUCUAGCCUCCUGUGGCUUUGGCAGGCUGACCUUCUCAGUCAGCAUGUUGUUACCAUAAACAUUUUGAUAUUUUAACUCAGGAACCCCAGUCUUCAUUCCAUUCCCAGAUGAUUGUAGCACAUCUGUUAGCUCUGUUGAUCUCUCAAAAUUAGUGCAAGAGCAG